UUGUCCGUGAGCUUUAGAAUGCCUCGCCUUACUCACCGUUCAUGAAUUUUACGUGCUCCCCUCCCUCUCGGGACAACCUUUAGACUCUUUCUUCUUGUCCUCAUCUUCUCUCUGAGCAGGAAUUCAUAUACUCAUAAUUUCUCUCUUUAGUGUGGUUGCAUUACGUAUCCUUCAUUUUGUAAAUCCAAACAAUUUUCGGCAAUCAUCCUAGAAUCAUGGAUGAUCGAGUUGAAGAUGAUGGUAAGGAAGCCUUGGGCGGGUUGAACUCUCUUCCUCCUCACCGCAAAGCACAUUCCUAUAGUCAACAGCAUAGAGUUAUCUCUACCCAUAAACGCCAUCAACAAGUCCGCAAGCAUAGUCUUGAUGAUGAUCGUUUAUCCCAUAACAUCGAAUCUUUUUACGAUUCCGGAGAUGACGACUUUUUCCCCAAUUCCUCCACUAACCCGGGUGGCAUUGAUGAGUACCUUGACCAAAGACCUGGCAUGGACAUUGGUAGUGGUCCUGGUGAUUUAACACCAUGCCAUCCGUUGCCAGAAUUUAUAGGGAAUGGUGGUGAAAAUGGGAUCUUCAAGGCUCCAAUACGAGCGGCUGUUCAUCCUGGUCGUCCACCAUGUCUUGAGUUAAGGCCUCAUCCAUUGAGGGAGACUCAAGUAGGAAAAUUUCUCCGUAACAUCGCUUGUACCGAAGAGCAGUUGUGGGCUGGUCAAGAAAGCGGGGUUAGGGUGUGGCAGUUUCAAAAUGCUUUUGCUCCUGGUUGCGGACUUGGCGGGAAGGUAAGAAGGGGUGAUGAGGAUGCUGCACCAUUUCAUGAAUCAGCAGAUACCCCUCCCACAAUAUGUUUGACGGUUGACAAUGGAAAUAAAUUGAUUUGGAGUGGUCAUAAGGACGGAAAGAUUAGGUCUUGGAAAAUGGAUCAACCUUUCGUCUCCCCCUUUAAGGAAGGCCUUUCUUGGCAAGCACAUAGGGGUCCUGUUCUUGCCAUGGUUAUAAGUUCGUUUGGUGACAUAUGGUCAGGUUCUGAAGGAGGUGUUAUUAAGGUCUGGCCUUGGGAAUCAAUUGAAAAAUCUCUGUCCCUGUCUCCUGAAGAAAGGCGUAUGGCAGCCCUACUUGUGGAAAGGUCAUGCAUCGACCUCAAAAGUCAAGUCACUAUUAAUGGGGUCUGCAAUAUAUCUUCUCAAGAGGUGAAGUACUUGUUGUCUGAUAAUGUUAGAGCUAGAGUCUGGUGUGUUGGGCCAUUAUCCUUCUCAUUGUGGGAUGCUCGUACAAAGGACCUUCUGAAAGUAUUUAACAUUGAUGGUCAGUUGGAAAAUCGAGUUGACACAUCAUCCAUGCAGCAAGAUCAAGUUAUAGAAGAUGAAAUGAAGGUUAAGUUUGUUUCUACCUCAAAAAAGGAGAAAUCACAAGGGACUAGCUUUUUACAAAGAUCACGUAAUGCUAUAAUGGGGGCUGCUGAUGCAGUCCGUCGGGUUGCAACCAAGGGAGCAGGAGCAUUUGUUGAAGAUACUAAAAGAACCGAAGCUAUUGUCCAAACAAAUGAUGGAAUGAUUUGGAGUGGAUGUACAAAUGGCUUGCUUGUACAAUGGGAUUGGAAUGGGACCCGUGUGCAAGAUUUUAAUCUUCAUCCCUGUCCAGUUCAGUGCUUCUGCACUUUCAGAACACGAUUAUAUGUAGGCUAUGUAAGUGGUAUUCUGCAAGUUUUGGACCUUGAAGGCAAUCUAAUUGCAGAAUGGAUUGCUCAUAAUAGUCCUCUGAUUAGAUUGGCGAUUGGCAAUGGUUAUGUUUUUAGUUUGGCUACUCACGGUGGCAUACGUGCAUGGAAUGUUGCAUCACCAAGUCCUGUUGACAACAUAGUGAAGUCUGAAUUAGCUGGGAAACAACUUGUAUACACUAGACGGCAUAAUGUCAGAAUUUUGAUUGGCACAUGGAAUGUUGGUCAAGGAAAACCAUCACAGGAUUCACUUAUGUCAUGGUUGGGUUCUGCUGUGUCUGAUGUAGGCAUUGUAGUGGUUGGUUUGCAAGAAGUGGAUAUGGGUGCAGGUUUUCUAGCAAUGUCUGCAGCAAAAGAAACUGUAGGGCUUGAAGGAAGUGCAGUGGGGCAAUUGUGGCUGGAUGCAAUUGGAAAGACAUUAGAAGAAGGAAAAACCUUUGAACGUAUGGGUUCUAGACAGCUUGCUGGCCUGCUUAUAUCUCUUUGGGUGAGAAAGAAUCUUAGGACACAUGUUGGGGACAUUGAUGUUGCAGCAGUUCCUUGUGGCUUUGGACGUGCCAUCGGUAACAAGGGAGGUGUGGGUUUGAGAAUUAGAGUCUAUGAUAGGACAAUGUGCUUUGUGAAUUGUCACUUGGCCGCACAUCUGGAAGCAGUUAAUCGUCGCAAUGCUGAUUUCGAUCACAUUUUCCGAAAUAUGGUCUUCAGUCGUUCAUCCAACCUACUUAACACUGCAGCUGGUAUGGUGUCAUACCUGUUUUUGUGUUGCUCUCUAGCCUUCUCAUCGUAUUUAUUUUGGCUGCUUUACUCUUCUGGCUUGCCCUUGGUCCUCUCUGCUCCAGCUGGUGUUUCAACUGCUGUUCACAUGCUUCGUGGUACAAACGUUGUAUGUGUCAACUCUGAAGAAGCAAAGCCUGAAUUAGCCGAAGCGGACAUGGUGGUAUUUUUUGGUGAUUUCAACUACCGCCUUUUUGGUAUAUCUUAUGACGAGGCAAGGGACUUCGUUUCCCAAAGAUGCUUUGACUGGCUUAGAGAAAAGGAUCAGCUCAGGGCAGAGAUGAAAGCUGGAAAAGUUUUUCAAGGAAUGCGAGAGGCAAUCAUCAAAUUUCCACCCACUUACAAAUUUGAGAGGCAUAAAACAGGUUUAGCAGGCUAUGAUUCUGGAGAGAAAAAGCGUAUACCUGCUUGGUGUGAUAGAAUAAUAUAUCGUGAUAAUCGCUCAGCUUCAGUGUCUGAGUGCAAUUUAGACUGCCCUGUGGUGUCAUCAAUUUUACAGUAUGAUGCAUGCAUGGAUGUGACUGAUAGUGAUCACAAACCAGUUCGGUGUAAAUUUAAUGUCAAAAUUGCUCAUGUUGAUAGAUCAAUAAGAAGAAAGGAGUAUGGGGAAAUUUUGACUUCCAAUGAAAAAAUUAAAUGUAUGCUUGAAGAGUAUUUUUAUGUUCCAGAAGUCUCUAUCAUCCCGAAUUGUAUAGUUCUUCAAAAUAAGGACAUAUCAUUGUUGCGCAUAACCAACAGAAGUAUGAAGGAUAAAGCGAUCUAUAAGAUCAGUGGUGAAGGCCAAUCUAACAUUAAGAAUGACGGAGAAGCACUUGAUUUUAGCCCAAGAGGUGCCGUCGGUUUUCCUAGAUGGCUUGAGGUUAUACCAGCUGCUGGCAUAAUUAAACCUGAGCAAUACGUAGAGGUCUCAAUACGUCAUGAGGAAUUUCAUACCUCAGAAGAAAUUGAUGGCAUACCGCAGAACUGGUGGUCUGAAGACACACGAGAUAAGGAAGUAAUUUUGGUUGUUCAUGUUCAAGGCAGUUUCUCAGCCCAAACUUGUAGUCAGAAAAUAUCUGUGCGCCAUUCCUUCUCAGCUAAGUCAGUUCGAGUUGACUCAAAAUCCGACAGUGAAGGUUGAAACCAAGAAGACUGAACAAUCAAACGGUCUUUAACAAUUUAGCAAUUUCCUGUAAUUGAUUAUUUAUGAAGUUCCAAAACUUUCGGAAUGGAAAGGAGUGGAAUUUCAAAUAUAGAGAAUCACAAGAGGCAUCCUCGUCGGAGUGAUUAUCAGCUAACUAUUUAAAUCAUCUCAGGACGAGUUAGAUUUUUAUAUUCUAGCUUUAUAUGGUAACUAGCAUUUACUUCUCGUGCAAUGCACGAGAGUAUUUUCUUACAUAUAAUAUCUUUAAAGUAUUAUAUUUAAUUCUUUUUAGAGUUGUUUUACAUUGUACAAUAAGAAAACACGAACUUCAUGAA